AUGUCUAAAGUGAUACCUGGAUGGACCAAGCAGGAGCCCUUUUUCUGCCCUUCCAUGCAGGACAUUUCUCAGAAGAGGCAGACCAGUCAGAGGAGAACCAGGAGAGAGAGGGUAGGAAGGAAGAAUCAUACAAUUUUUGGUGGCACCUUCCAUGCAGGACAUUUCUCAGAAGAGGCAGACCAGUCGGAGGAGAACCAGGAGAGAGAGGUCUCACCAGAUGCAGCAUUCUCAUCUGGUCAGAACCACAGCACAGUGUCUGAAUUCAUCCUCAUCGGCUUCUCCAACUUCCCUCAGCAGCUCCUGCCCACCUUCUUCCUGCUCUACCUGCUGAUGUACCUGUUCACGCUGCUGGGGAACCUCCUCAUCAUGACCACCAUCUGGAGGGAGCACAGCCUCCACACACCCAUGUACCUCUUCCUGUGUGCCCUCUCCACCUCUGAGAUUCUCUUCACUGUCACUGUCACCCCUCGCAUGCUGGUCGACAUGCUCUCCACCUACCGCUCCAUCUCCUUCACGGCCUGUGCCAGCCAGAUGUUUUUCUCCUUCACGUUUGGCUUCACCCACUCCUUCCUGCUCAUGAUCAUGGGCUAUGACCGCUAUGUGGCCAUCUGCCACCCCCUUCGCUACAACGUGCUCAUGAGCACACGUGACUGUGCCCGUCUUGUGUCCUGGUCCUGGGCUGGUGGCUCAGUCAUGGGGAUGAUGGUGACAAUGAUAGUUUUCCACCUCACCUUCUGUGGGUCUAAUGUGAUUCACCAUUUUCUCUGCCAUGUUCUUUCUCUCUUGAAGUUGGCUUGUGGAAAUGAGACAUCUUCUGUCACCUUGGGUGUGAUCCUAGUAUGUGUCACAGCCCUGAUGGGGUGUUUAUUCCUCAUUGUUCUCUCCUAUGUCUUCAUCGUGGCUGCUAUCUUGAGGAUCCCCUCUGCUGAGGGCCGGCACAAGACCUUCUCCACCUGCGUCUCCCACCUCACCAUAGUUAUUGUGCACUACGGUUUUGCCUCCAUCAUCUACCUCAAGCCCAAGGGCCCCCGUUCUAUGGACAGUAACACUCUGAUGGCCACCACCUAUACAGUCUUCACCCCCUUUCUGAGCCCAAUCAUUUUCAGCCUCCGCAACAAGGAGCUGAAGAAUGCCAUAAAGAAAAGCUUUCACAGAAAAUUCUCUCCCCUGAGUUCCUGA